AUGUCAAAUACACAAUCUAAAAUCGAUUCAUUGAAGGAAUUGAAUUCCAGGCUUAUAUCUGAAAUUGGUAAACUUAGAAAAGAGAAUACUGAAUUUAAGACCAAGAUAAUAGUUAAGCAAUUAGGAUGUGUUAAAGAUCAUGAAACUCAAGUAUACAAACAAACAAACGAACAGGAACGAAGAAAUAGAUUUGAAGUAGAAUUGAGAGAUGAAAGGAGAAAUCGAGUAUUAUGUAUAAAAUGUGUAAAGGUGUGGAAAGGGAAAAAAGAAAAUGUUACAUGA